AUUUCUUCUUCGCCGCUGCGUUUUCUCGAACCAACCGGACAUUAUUAAGGGACACUUUAACAGAGACGCACGCGGAGAGAGGGAGCAGGGGAGAGAGCAAGACAGAGACCGGAGAACACAGAGCGGGGGGAAUAAUAAAAGCCCAUUUUUGGUGGGAUUUGAGUGCCGUUGUGCCCUCGCCUUCUCCGGAUGAUCAGAAAUGGGGGAAUGGACUAUACUAGAGAGGCUCCUGGAGGCUGCUGUCCAGCAGCACUCGACUAUGAUAGGAAGGAUCCUACUCACUGUGGUGGUCAUCUUCCGGAUCUUAAUCGUAGCGAUAGUCGGAGAGACUGUCUAUGAUGACGAGCAAACCAUGUUUGUGUGUAACACCUUACAACCGGGCUGCAACCAGGCAUGUUACGACAAGGCAUUUCCCAUUUCACACAUCCGAUACUGGGUGUUUCAAAUUAUCAUGGUGUGCACGCCGAGCCUGUGCUUCAUCACCUACUCGGUGCACCAGUCGGCCAAGCAGAAGGAGCGGCGCUUCUCAACGGUGUACCUGACGCUGGACAAGGACCAAGACUCCAUGAAGAGGGAAGAGAGCAAAAAGAUCACCAAGAACACCAUCGUGAACGGAGUACUGCAGAACACGGAGAACACCACCAAAGAGGCCGAGCCGGACUGCUUGGAGGUCAAGGAGAUCCAGAACUCGGCCAUGAGAACUAAGUCGAAAUUAAGGCGCCAGGAGGGAAUCUCGAGGUUCUACAUCAUCCAAGUGGUGUUCAGAAACGCGUUGGAGAUCGGUUUUCUGGUGGGGCAAUAUUUCUUGUACGGAUUCAACGUGCCGUCCGUGUACGAGUGCGAUCGAUACCCGUGCAUCAAAGACGUCGAGUGCUACGUCUCCAGGCCCACGGAGAAGACCGUGUUCCUGGUGUUCAUGUUCGCCGUCAGCGGGUUUUGUGUGAUUCUGAAUCUGGCGGAACUCAAUCAUCUGGGCUGGCGAAAGAUCAAGACGGCCGUGCGGGGCGUGCAGGCGCGACGAAAGUCCAUCUAUGAGAUCCGAAACAAAGACUUGCCGAGAAUGAGUGUGCCCAAUUUCGGGCGUACUCAGUCCAGUGACUCCGCUUAUGUGUAACGCACGAGAAAAAAAAAACAGUGAUAGAUGAGAGAGAUGUGCAGUAAACAAAAAUGAAAAAAUGAAAAUGUUAAUAAUGAAUGAAAGACCAUUAUGGACAUGAUGGGACAGCUCCGCACGCCUAGAUAUGUGUUAUGAUGACAUACGAGUGGGCGAUUUAGUUCUGGUUCUGGUUCUGUUUUUUUGUUUUUGUUUGUUUGUUUAUGUCUGAUGAUGACUUCACGGCGAGGGGGUGAAUUUACAAGCUUGUCGACGUAUAUUUAUGAUUGCACUGAUGCAACUUUUUGGUCACGUUUCUACUCUGUAACGCUCUGAAGAAUGGAGACACGUCUGACCCGUGUUCACACCUUUACUCUUGGUGGGCUCGUGUUCAUGUUGUGCUUAAAGAGAGUCAAUGCAAAAUUGCACUAAGAGGUGAACACUUGAGAGCCCAAACCUAAUCCGAUAUGUGUGAUAUUGAUGGUGUUUUAGGUCAACCUUUUCUUUUCCCCCAACUGUGUUACGAGCAAAAAAACAACAAACAACGUCCUAACCACUCCCUCUUUAAGUGACUCCAUCCAACCCCACAGUGGCUAUGGGGGUAAAAAACCCACCAUUCGAGAUUUAUAUAAUAGAUAUAUAUACAUACAUAUAUAUGCACAGAUAUAUAAAUGACUACGGAUACAACCCUAGUUGAAUACAUCAGCGUCUUUCAUGUAUUCAGUGGCCUGUGUCGCACCACGUGACCUUAACAUAUGUAACCAUUCCAUCGCUCUCUAGCUGACUCUCUAGCGACACAUUCUUGGUGGACUGCUGCAUACGCAAAACGUCUGUGACUACCUUAAUCAUUUCUCUCUCUGACACACCAAAGCGCCCACUGCUUUUCAUUUGUGAAAAAGUGUUUUUCUUCUUAUUAUUAUUAAUGCUUUUUUGUGUAAUCAAGUGCCAUACUUGUAUAUAAACAUAAUAUAUAUGUAAACAUAUAAAUAUAUAAAUAUAUAAUAUUCAUCAUAAAGCUUAAUUCCCUGCUUGGAUUAUGCUAAAUGCCGCCCGAUUUUGAUUUGCUUUAAAUGUAUUUGUUGUGGUUAAAAUGCAAAAAGGAUAUACAGUUUUCUCUAUUUUGUUUUGCAAAAUGACUGGAAAAAGAAAUGAAGUGCUAGUUUUUUUUACAUACAAGAACGAAAAUGUCUCUCCACAAUCAGUACUGAUCAAAAACUCAAAAAAUAGCACAAAUUGACAUUUUUAAACAAAGAAUGGGCAAUAAAAGCCGCUCUCUGGU